AAAGCGAAGUGAAGUGUGUUGAAAGCAUAUUUUGGCCUUAAAUAGGAAGUAUAUCACUCUUUCCAUGUCAAGAGAAGACGUGGCAGCCAUGGCUCUGUCAUCGGAGUUUGUGUCGCUGGUCCAGCAGGAGAUUCCGGAGGGACGGCAGUCACUCUCGGACUCUCAUGCCAACCUGGAGAAAGUGGCUUCAUAUUGCAUAGAGAACUUUGCGAGGGCAGAGAACAAAGCCCAAGCACUGGAGGAAACUAAGAACUACACGACGCAGUCCCUUGCUAGUGUGGCUUACCAGAUAAAUACUCUAGCAUACAACUUCUUGCAAAUGAUUGAUCAGCAGGCACACCAAUUGGCAGAAAUGGAGAGUCAGGUUAAUUACAUAUCUCAGAUGGUAAUGGUUCACAAGGAGAAGGUGGCCAGGAGGGAGAUUGGCGUCCUCACGACCAACAAGACAACUGCCAGGCAAUACAAGAUACUUGCGCCAGCAAACACAGAGAAACCAAUCAAAUAUGUGAGGAAGCCCAUCGACUUUGGAUGCUUAGAUGAUGUAGGGCAUGGCAUGCGUUCAUCGUCCAGCAGUACCCCACGGUCCAGACGUUCAGCCAGCAGUGUGGGCAUGCCCCCUCCAGUCCACCAGCCCCCCACUUCUGCCGGACCUGCCCCCACCACGAAGCCACCAACACCUCCCCAGGCCAACAGGUCUGUGAGCAGCCUCUCUAGGGGCUCACGGGAGUACCGCACUCCUCCAGCUGUGGCACCUCCUCAGGUACCUAGCAACUAUGCUCCCAACUACCCUAUUGGCCAUCCACGACGUAAUGACCGCUCGAGUGGCUACAGCACCUUGCCCCACCAGUCAGCUGCCCAUGUAGCCCCCAUGAACCACAACGGGGGAGCAGCACCUCCUCCCCAAGUGGGCAUGGUGCAUCCCAUGGCCCAUGGCGCACCCCAGGGUUCCUACACCCCGCCUCCUCCCCCACCCCACAUGGAGCAACCGCAAUAUGCAGCCCAUCCUAUGGGUAUGCCACGCUACCCCACUCUGAUACGACCCGCCAUGACCUUACCAAAGAACCUGACUAACAAGAGCCUCUCGAACAAGAGCAACGAGGCAGUCUUAGCCCCCCCGUCACCAGCCUCCUCUGGGGUAGUGAGUGAGCAGGAGUACACAGCCGCUCUUCGGGUGCCUCGUCCUCCCCUGCCCCCACCGCCCCCCAGCGACACUGACAUCCCUCCAGCUGUACCCCCGCACUUCAUGGAGAAAGCCAUGAAUGACGACCCAGCCCCUCACCGUGUCCCAGGCCCUAAUCCCCCAGCGGUGCCCCCCCACUACUUGGAGAAAGUCAUUGCAGUUUAUGACUACACGGCCGACAAGGAGGACGAGUUGAGCUUCUCGGAGAACGCAGUCAUUUACGUCAUCAAGAAGAACGACGAUGGCUGGUGGGAGGGAGUUAUGAAUGGGGUCACAGGGCUCUUCCCGGGCAACUAUGUGGAGCCUUUGAUGUGAGACGACGACAAUGGGACCUUCUUUCAGCAUGGAAGGUGGAGUUGGAGAUGGAGGCAACAGUGCAAGGAGGUGGAGGAGGAGCUCGAGGACGAGCACAAGAACAUCUGCACAGGGUGGAGACGAAGAGUCAUCAGGAGUGUCGAGGGGGAGAAGAAACAGGAGGUCUGCAAGGCAGACGAGGACUUGUGCAAAAACGAGACCCUUAUUGGUCAUUGUGGUUUGGAUGUGAGGAAGACGAGUUGGAGUAGGAGGAUAAUGGUGGGGCGAGUCCUGAUGGCCCUGAUUGUGGUUCGGGAGUUAGGCCUUCUGAGCGUUUUGUGUCUGUGUACAUAUCUCGCCUGAGGGGUUCUUCGUACGACAUUGACAGUAUUACCCAUGUUAUGAUUUAAUGAAAAAGUGAAAGUCCAGUGAUUAGUGUUCCCAUUAUUAUUUUUCUUCAUUUUCCCCUUUUUUCAUUAAUUGUGUUACUUCAUAGUUCCUGAAAAUAAUGCUGUAUAUUAAUGUAAAGAAAAAAGAAAAGAAAAAAAUUACCCCCUUUUUUUCUUAUACAUAUCACAACAUAAAGUGAAUAUGACAGAUUAUCCAAUCAGAUAUAUCAUGCUUCAAAAGAGAAAGAUGCAUUACCAUAAUGAUUGCACAAAAGAUACAAAAAAGAUAUUUAAAAAAUGUAGAUUUAGAAGAAAAAACGUUAAGCUGAGGUAUGCUUGUUCCUUAAUCAGUUAUAUAGAUACAAGCUAGAUUUUUAUUUACAAAAUGUAACGGAUUUGUUCCUGCAGUAGAGAGAAUAAGCCCCAAACUAAAAAAAAAAAAUUAUAAUAAAAAAAAUCCUGUAAAGAAAAAAUCAUUUGUACAUUCAGCUAGAGAUAUUCUCUGUGUUUGUCCUUAUUGAUAUUAAAAACCUGCUAAACUGACAUUGUAUCCAAUUCAAAAGCUUUUUUUAAUUUUUUGUGUUUCUUAUGUACAUAUAACAGGAGAAUGAAUCAAAGACUAGCUUCUUUACCAUGGAUAAAUGAAAGAGUGUGAAAGGGUGAGAAAGGAAGGAAGAAAGAAUAAUCAUGAUAUAAACAGUAUAUAAAGAAUGAUAAUGAUAUCAACAGAAUAUAGCAUUGCCCAUGUGCAUGUCUUAGACCAUAAGGCUACAAAUGGAGAUGUAUUUGUGAAUUGAGUACUGUAUUCUGGGAGUUUGGUCAUUUUUGGUCAAAAUAAAAGAGAGGAAAAACGAUAAAAAACAAUGGUUAAGGAAAACCUAUGCUAUAUGGUGAUAAAAUAGAAAUUGAUGCAAUGAUGUUAGGGUUCACUCAACAAGAAUUUCACAUGCAGAUGGUAAGGGAAUGCAAUAAAUAUAUAAAUGAUAAUGAUGAUAGAUAUUGUCUGUUUUUCUUCAUUGGUUACUGCAUAUUGUUUGUUCCUGUGUUUGCCUUUGUAUUCUGUUUUAUUUGCUUAUGUACAUAGAUAUAUAUAUAUAGGUUAACCAAGAGAUGAGAGAGUGUUUUUUCUUUCUUUUCUAUGCAUGAAUGAAUUCUUAUUUUUAUCCCUUUUUCACAUUCUUCAUUCUCUCCUCGUUUUUCCUUUAAGUGCCCAAGUACCCUAUAUUGUAAAGGUCAUGCUUUAGGAUAAAUGUUGUUGCAUCCAUUAUUUUUAUUUUAUUAUUAUUUUUAUUUUUUUUUUUUUUUUUUUUUUUUUUUUUUUUUUUCAAUUUUUGUUCAUGUUUUUAUAUUUACUAUUAUGUUUUCUUGACUUUUUCAUACAAUGAUAGCUUGAGAUAUUGAUACUAUUAAUGGGUUACUAACUUCAGCUGUUUGAGAUGCUGUACUAGUCAGUUCCCUUAUUUUUCUCUUUUUUAUGAAUAAUGAACAAUAUACAUGUGUAAUGAUAUUGUUAUUCUUUUAUUUUUAUUUUUUGUGUAAGAGUCAAUAACAAUAUACCUGUGUAAUACUAUAAGAAAGUUUAGUCAUAUUAUUGGCAGUCAUGCGCAAAGAUGAAUUUCCAAUAUCGAUAAGUUUGUAUCACAGAAGACUGUAUAAAAGAAAUACAGGCUGUUAUGUGUAUUGAUUAUGCCUUAUGUAUGUAAUCUUGUACAUAGGUUACUGCUGUAAACAGGUUGUAAGCAUCUGUUUAUACUAAGGCUGGUUUGACCAUAUACAUCCCCCAGAAUUUGGGUCAUUAUGUUCAUUGCAUAUGUUGCAGCAGAUGUAAGGUAUGGUUCAGGGUGCAUGAGCCUAGGUAAUCUUAAGUCUGUUUCAAAAUUUCCUUGUACAUUAAACAUACAACCUUUA